CGCGAGCGUACCAACAAUUAGACGGGCCUGGCCGCUGCAUAUAUAGAAAACUCCGCGGCCGAGAGACCGACAGAUUUCCUCAAGCUCAGGACCCGGUGACAUCAACCCUCCCCGACAAUCGGAGGCCUCCAGUUGCAUCGAACAUUGACAAGCCGCGGCGAGUGCGAUUUUCGCCGACAUGAAGUCCACUAUAACGUUUGUUCUGCUGAUCACCGGCUGCCUGGCCCAGCAAGAGGAUGCUGCGUCUGCGCAACAGCGGCAGUCUCGUACCCCGCAAGGUCAUAUCCAGUACAGCGAUCCCGAUGGCCUCCGCGUCAAUUGGAAGCUCUAUGCUCCGUACACCCAGUGGAAGAGCCACUUGGAGGCGACACCUCAGCGCAACGAGAGGGCCGAGACCGGCUCAGCCCAGCCGAUCGAGGAGACCCAGUCCGAGGUCCUGAAGCCCGAAGCCGCCGUAUCCGAGGAUAAGCUCGCCCAGCCCUUGCCGCACGUCCAGGUUCAUUAUAAGCCUUAUUCGAUGGUACCAGCGCAUAUAAAGCAACUUAUUCACAAGAUGUACGAACCUCAAGCACCUUACGUUGAUCCAUCCGUUUACAUAUAUCGAACCUUCGAGCAACCGCAAGAGGAAGAGGCGAAGUCACAAGUUCCAACUGAAGAGAAGGAAGCGACGAGGGCGACGUCUCAGAUACAACUAAACAACGCCGAUGAACUUUAUGAGCACAUCCCCAAGUACGAAUCAAAAUAUUCGUUAAACAAGGAGAAGGCAGCUUUCGUUCAAUACAAGGACGAGCCAAUUCCCGCAGCAUCCGCGAUUCCUCGGUAUGGUUCUGUACCCGAGAGGAGCGAAUCCAGUUACGAGAAUGAUCGUCAACAGACGCAGCAGCAUAGUCAACAGUACCAAGUCCAGCAGCCGCAACAGUAUCAAAGCGAACAGACGCGGCAGUACGAAAUCCAGCAGCCGCAGACAUAUCAGCAGAAUCAGAUGGUACAACGUCAGUUUCAGCAGCCCGAGACUUAUCAGCAAGAGCAAUCGCGUCAAUAUCAACAGCAGCAAUCCCAAACGAAACAACAUCAUCAACAGCAACAGGAGCCAGAGCGACAAAAGAAUGGGGAAAGCGCUAUGCCCAAGGAACUCCAUCAAUUAUUAAAUCUUCAGGCGCAAACACCUUACCAUGUGAUUGCCAAUAGAAUUCUGUACAAGCCGAAAACAAUAUUUGUACCGAAGCCAAUCCCUGAGGACGUAAAGGGACCAUACAAAUACCGAAGUAAGAUUUAUUUUGUCAAGAACGAGAACAGUGAUCGAAAGGACAAGGAGCGAUCCGAGAGAGAUGACAAGAAUGAGCAACAACAAGAAGAAUAGAUGCUCGAUCGCAAAUAGCGUUAUAAGAAAAUAAGAGAUUUUUCAUUGAGAUUUUUUGGUGGAUGGUGAUAAUGACAAAUACGAAGAAUCACAUUGUAAUGAGAUUCGUUAGAUUUUCUAAUUUGAGAGAUGAUCCGCGGGAUUGUAAUCAUCAGGACUAUAAUAAUUAAUAAUUAAUUGUUUUCGAUUGUAUUUGAAUCUGAUGAUAUGUGAUGAUAUAUGAUUUAUGAUGAUAUGUAAUAUAUUCCUGUAAUCUGACGGUGCCAACAAAAAUCAUGUACGACAAAAUAAUGUUAGUUUUGUAUAUUGAAAUUGGUAUCUUUACCAAUAAA